AUGAUGGGUAAACUACGUGAGUCCUUGGCUGGGCCGGGAUAUGUCAUUCUCAAUGUUAUUCGUGCGAUCAAUAUCAUUGUCUUUCUUGAUAUGAUCGCUGCUUGCGUGGUCAUGCUGGUUAAGACUGAAACCACCAACGGAUUUUUCUUUUUUGAAGCUGUCACUCAUGUUGUUGUGGCCCUCGUCAGCAUUUUCUUGAUCAUCUCUGAGCUGCCGAUUCUUCGGGGCUACUUUAACCGACAAUGGCCUUUGUUCGGCGAAGAGGCCGGUUUUAUGGCGCUUGCUGCAAUCAUGAUGAUCCUGGGGAUCGCUACCCUGGGUAAUCUGAAUUUUGCUGCUAAUAGCCAGAAGAACCUUGGGUUGGCAUUUUGGCGUGUUGUGAUUUCAGCAGGAGUCUUGGCCAUGGUCAUGAGUCUGGUGAACAUAUUGACGACAAUCGUUUUCACAAAUCACCAGUCUGGUGUUAGCGCACGCCAUGUCCGGGCAUACGGAGCUGUCGCACCGCGAAAGGUGCUCAGUCGGGCUAGCAGCCGUCGCUCUUUCCAGCUUAGCAUCAAGCGUGAAGAUUCUCUUCCAACUUACAGUCGAGAGCCUGCCUUUAAGCGGUACUCACGCCAGUUGGCGAACCGUAUUCCUAUCAAGAUCUCCUCGCCUUUCAGCAAUCCCAAUAACGUCACCAAUGCUAGUGAUGUUACGGAGACUACCAAGGAUGAUUGCGCAUCGUCCAAGUACUCUCGUUCUUCGGGGGGAGAUCCAAGAGCCUGA